AGGUGACUCUUAUUCUGAAACAGCACUUCCGAGCUUGCAGAGCUGCUUGUUCCCUCCGUAGAGAGGAUCAGCUGAUCGAUUCAACAUGUAGACUCAGAGUGCAGAAUCCAGAUUCACAGAGACCCUGAUGAUCGAGAAAGGAGAGGAUACCUCAGCCCGAGCAGUAGCGACACAAAGAGACGGAUCUGCAGGAUGAGCUCGCUGCACAGGCGUCAGCUGUGUCAGCUGCUGUCUGUAUGGAGGCUGAGGGGGACCAGGGUGGAGGCUCCGCUCUGCCCGGUUGCUGUGUCUCACUGCAGGACUGUCUGCUCCUCAGAACCAGCAGACCCUGUGGAAGUCCACAAGAGGAAGCUGUUCUUGUGGUUCAGUCACCUCCCCCAGGAGGAGAAACAGUUCGGGGGUUACUUCAGUCCAGAGACCAUGCAUGUGGACCCUCUGAUCCUUGAGAGGAACUCUGAGGAUAGAACCGGUCUACACUGCUCUCCCCUGCAGGUCCAGACCCAGUCCAGCUCCUCUGUGACCGUGCAGCAGCUGCUGGACCCUUCUGUGUCCUGCUGCGAGGGCCGGGGCCUCAACGUGCUACUGUACGGGGCCGUGGGGACCGGCAAGAGCACCGUGGUCAGGAAGCUGGUCCUGGACUGGUGCAGAGGGACCACCCUGAGGCAGUUCAAGCUGCUGGUCCCGUUCUCCUGUGAGGACCUGGGAGAGCUGUCCAAGGCGGCCUCUCUGAGGGACCUGGUGGGCAGGAAGUACCUCCACCUAAGGAAACACCCCCUGCUGAGCGGGGAGGGGGUCCAGGCCAGAGACGUGCUGUUCCUGUUCAACGGGAUGGAGAAGAUGAAGCUGGACUUCAGGAUCGGAGCCACAGAGCUGUGCAGCGACCCCAACGAGCCGCUGCCUCCCGCCGUGCUUGUGGUCAACCUGCUCAGGAAGUACCUGCUGCCAGAGGCGAGCAUCCUGGUCACCACCCGUCUGUCGGCUCUGGACCGGAUCCCUCAGAAGUACGUCAGUCGCUACGCUCAGAUCUGUGGCUUCAACGACCCGGACCGGCAGCGUGCGUACUUCACCAGCCGGCUCCUGCAGCAGACCGGGGAGACGGGUCAGAACCAGGAGGCCCAGGCGCUCAUCGAGCUGCUGUACCUGAACCUGCAGAGGGAGAGCCAGCUCGCUGCCGCCUGCUUCCUGCCCUCGUACUGCUGGCUCACCUGCGCCACCUUACACUUCCUGCAUUUCACCGACGCCAAGGCUCCCAUCCGCACGCUCACCGGCAUCUACACCAGCUUCCUCAGGCUCAACUUUGGGGGGGAGGUUCUGGGAGCAAAGACCGGGGCCCCUGUGCCCCUCCAGGAGCAGCACACCUCUCUGAUGCUGCAUGUGGUCCGCACUCUUGGGAAGCUGGCGUUUGAUGGCGUGACGUACAAACGCACGUCAUUCUCGGAGAAGGAGCUGGAGCAGUGGAUUGGAGGGGAGGUGAAGACGGAUGAGGAGCUUCGUCAGCUCGCCAUGUUCCGCACCGACGUGCUGGACUUCUUUCUGGCUCCCUGCGUGGAGAGCAACAAACAUCUACCUGAGGACGGCAGUGAGAGCGACGAGCAGCGGUACGUGUUCGCCAUCCCGGCCAUGCAGGAGUACCUCGCCGCGCUCUACGUGGUUCUGGGAGAGAACAAGUCGGCUCUGGAGAAGAUGACCCGGCAGGUGUCCGUAGCCAUUGGUCAGGCGAGCGAGGACGUCAACGCCAUCGUCAACAUCUUCUCCAAGUUCAUCCCGCUGCGGAUCUUCGCCGUGUUCAACCUGCUGAAGCUGUUUCCGAAGCUCUUCGAGCGAAUCAGCAGCCGCAGCAAGGGGGGCAUCGCCAAGACCAUGGCGGCCGAGCUGUUCCGCACCGAGGACAGCCACAACGAGGACGUCCUGGACCAGGUGGAGCAAAGCCUGCUGGGAGUUCAUGGUCCUCAGCCGCAGCAGCACGUUGUGGGUCAGCCCUUCGAGCUCUACCCCAUCUUUAUGGGAGGACUGUUGCAUUAUGGGAACCGCGUCCUCCUCCAGCAGCUGGGCUGCAGCAUCCAGAGCAACACAGUGGUCCAGAUCACCCGGACGCUCAGGAAGUACCUGGUCAGAGAGCUCAGUAAACCUCAGCCCCCAGAGGAGCUGAUGGACCUGCUGGUUCUCCUCUACGAGUUUCAGAACCCGAGACUGACCGCCGAGGUUCUGGCCUCCAUCAGGAGCAUCCGCCUCACCAACAUCCGCAUGACAUCCCUUAAGUGCUUCAUCCUGAGCUCCGUGCUCUCCUGCACACCUGCAAGUUAUCACCUGGAGCAGCUGGACCUGUCCUCGUGUCUUCUCACUCAUGAAAUGCUGCAGAUGUUGUGGCCCGCCUUCAGACACGCCACCAACCUGAAUCUGCAGUUUAACAGCCUGGGUCCUGAUUCCUGCAUCCUCCUGAGAGAUCUGCUGCUAGACCCCAAGACUUCCAUCAGAUCCCUACAACUUUGUGACAACCCGCUGCUGGAGUCCGGGGCCCGCACACUGCUGGAGGCCCUGCCGGAGAACCAGACCCUGACCCAUCUUUCCCUGAUGCACACUGGGCUGGGGGACUCGGGGGCCCUGGAGCUGGCAGACCGGCUGCAGAAGCACUAUGGCAUGCAGGAGCUGAACGUGGCGUACAACAACAUCGGAGACAACGCCGCUCUGACCCUGGUGGACGCCUGCAGGGAGCAUCCCAACAUCCACACCGUGCAUUUGUACCUGAACCCUCUCAGCGACGUGGGGAAGCAGUCUCUGUAUGUCCGAGGAGUGACAAAGAGUCAGGGGGGCAGCGAGCGGCGGGUCCGGGUCCUGGCUUCAGUCACCGAGGGUUCAGACCUGUCGGAGGACUGGCACCCGAUCCUCGACGUGAUCCGAGAGAAUGCGUCCUCCUGGGACCGGGAGCGGGUCAAACAGCAGCUCGUGGUCUUUCUCAGGGAUCUGGAGUGGGGACGUCAGCAGCAGCCAAGUCUCUGGAAGAGGCUGCACUUCAGGCGGGUGGAGAAGGGUGUCCGACAGACCCUACGGAUGCUGGAGAGAGACACACUCCCUCCACCUCCACCAUACAGCAAGUGACGGAUGAUGGAGUCUGAGUCCAGAUCGGCUCAGAGUCAAACCUCAGCCGACCAAUCAGGAGAGAGUUCAUCCUCUGACAGGUGAGCUCACCUGCUUCAUCUAUGACACGUCAGAGUCUUCCUCAUGACACUGAGCCUGAACAACAGACAGCAGGAGAGCCAAUAACAACAAACAACAACAAACAACAAACAACAACAACAACAAACAAUAGGAGAGCCAACAACAACAAACA